CCUUGCCUCUAAACGGAAACAUAACUCUGAACAUUCUGUAACUUUUUGUUCACAUGCUUAACGGAGCUGGCAGGACAGAGAUCCUCCAUGUGGAUGUCUUGGAAAAGAUUUCUUCGCCAAGAGAAACAGAUGUUUUACCCAGAAAGGCUCUACGGCAUAAUAGCUCAGACUGAGGGUACUGGACCCAACUGGCCCGGGAAAGGGAAGCGAGCCAAACGCAAGGGUCGCGCAAAGAAGCAGAAGAAGGCCGAAGUGGACAUCCUCAGCCCCGCGGCCAUGCUGAACCUGCACUACAUCGCCCACAACGCCGCGCACUGCCUGUUCCUGCGGGGCUUCCGCUGGCCGGGGGCCCCCAAGACCAAGAAAGGGAAAAAGGCCUAAAGCCGCAGCAUCCCGAGCCGAGCCGGGUCU